AAGGCUGCCAUGCACAUAUGCACACACAUUAUUAUAAUUCCUAAGCAUUAUGACACAAAUUAAAUGGAUGUGCCCGGAGCCGCGUGCAUAAAUAGGUGUGAGAGGAAAAUAGAGGACAGGCGUUUUGCAACUGACAUAGCAACAGUGCUGCAUGACCACCGGUGCUCUGUGACAGCUGGGUCCGUUUGUACUGACAGUCUGAUUUCGGAGCUCCAUUGGACGACAAAGUCAUCAAUCCCGAGAGCAGAUCCGCCCAUUGUUCCCGUAGCGGCGUGGAAAAAAAGCCUUUGAAGUCGUGUAGGCGGUGCCAAGCAAAUUGUGCCAUGUGGUGUUCAAGAGCCACGUUCUGAUUUGUCUAAAGGAAAACUGUAAACGCCCAUUUCUAAAGGAUACCCUCUCUGAUUGGUCCAAUUGGCCACCCCAGAUUCACCUUUUGCGCGUUCACAGUUUUCAUAUUCCCCGUCUCGGUUUACGUCAGCAGCGUGCACCUCCUUCCCUCAUAGCAGACACAUCCCGAUAACCUUUUACGGAAAUGGCGUAGCUAUCGGGCGUAGCGACAAAGACAGCGAGCCUGAAACCUAUGGGGAAGGAAUAAAAAAAAAGAAAUUCAGUAUCGUCGCACUCUGUACCUUAAGACCAUCAUUUUCUGAAGAGCUCGCCGCCCCGGGGCCUCGGUCAAGACACCGAAAUUUGACGGCGGCAAGGGCAGAUUUGGAUUCACCGCAGAGCCGCUGAAGUCGCAGAAGAAGGCAGAUUUUCCGUCGGACGGUCUCUGUAGGCUAGCGUAUAGCGAGGGAGCCGCCAUGGCAGUCGGAUCACUGAGCCUCCACAUCGGGAUAUGAAGAGGAACUGCAUGCGUCCUGAAUCGCCAAGAAAACGCCGCAUUUGCCCGUGAUCCGCACCGGAUCCGCUCUCUGAACACCUGAUCUCACCCUUCUUCAUCUUUGUGAAAUUCAAUCCGCAUCCAGAAAGAAAUCUCAAUUGGUUUUUAAUCGGGGGGCCCACAGGGAGAGGCCAGAUUCAUGACUAUUUUAGUCGGAGACGUGUCUUUAGAGGCCCAUUGAAAGAAAACGAGGAAUAUACGGAAGAAAUGAUGCUCUGAUUGACCGCUGGUGGGAAAGAAAGGGUAGUUUAUUAGGUGAGACGAACUAGUGUGAAGGAUUGUGGGAUAAAGGGAUCGCUUUCUGUCUGCCUUCCUCCCCCCUGUGAAUUAUAGUGUUAUUCAUUUACUGUCAUCCUUUUUGGAUGAGAAGGUUCGGAGAACCGACCAGCCCUGCCGUGUAGAGAGUCACAAGUCUCCGAGAGUCCGAGAAUCAAAGGGAUUGGAUCAUGUCGGGUCGGCCCAGGACCACAUCCUUCGCGGAAAGCUGCAAACCAGUGCCGCAGCCCUCAGCUUUCGGCAGCAUGAAAGUCAGCAGGGAUAAAGAUGGCAGCAAGGUAACGACAGUCGUGGCCACUCCAGGUCAAGGCCCCGACCGGCCACAGGAGGUCAGCUACACGGACACUAAGGUCAUCGGCAACGGCUCGUUUGGCGUCGUCUACCAGGCCAAGCUGUGUGACUCCGGAGAGCUGGUGGCCAUCAAGAAGGUCCUGCAAGACAAGAGGUUUAAGAAUCGUGAGCUGCAGAUCAUGAGGAAGUUGGACCAUUGCAACAUAGUCCGCCUGCGCUACUUCUUCUACUCCAGUGGAGACAAGAAAGAUGAAGUGUAUCUGAAUUUGGUUCUGGACUACGUUCCCGAGACGGUCUACAGAGUGGCCAGACACUACAGCCGAGCCAAACAGACUCUGCCCAUGGUUUAUGUCAAGUUGUACAUGUACCAGCUGUUCAGGAGUCUGGCCUACAUCCAUUCGUUUGGGAUCUGCCAUCGGGACAUCAAGCCCCAGAAUCUGCUGCUGGAUCCAGAGACCGCUGUGCUCAAGCUCUGCGACUUCGGCAGUGCUAAGCAGCUGGUCCGCGGAGAGCCUAAUGUGUCCUACAUCUGCUCUCGUUACUAUCGGGCCCCUGAGCUCAUCUUUGGUGCCACUGACUACACCUCAAGCAUAGACGUGUGGUCAGCCGGCUGCGUGCUAGCAGAGCUGUUGCUAGGACAACCGAUCUUCCCUGGUGACAGUGGAGUGGAUCAGUUGGUUGAAAUUAUCAAGGUUCUCGGCACCCCGACCCGAGAGCAGAUCCGCGAGAUGAACCCCAACUACACCGAGUUCAAAUUUCCCCAGAUCAAGGCACAUCCUUGGACUAAGGUGUUCCGGCCGCGCACGCCCCCUGAGGCCAUCGCCCUGUGCUCUCGCCUGCUGGAGUACACGCCCACAGCACGCCUCACCCCUCUAGAGGCCUGCGCACACUCCUUCUUCGACGAGCUGCGCGACCCCAACGUCAAACUGCCCAACGGGAGGGAGAAGCCCUCACUCUUCAAUUUCACCACCCAAGAGUUAUCCAGUAAUCCAUCUUUGGUCUCCAUACUCAUCCCUGCCCACGCCCGCAGCCAGGCCUCUGCCUCUACCCCAACCAACGCCUCUGCCACCACAGAUGGUAGCAGCACAGAACGAGUUUCCAGCACCACCACCGCCUCUGCCUCGGCCUCCAACUCCACCUCCUGAGCCUGCAGAGCACCCGCCCCGCCCCGGUCUCAGCCCCAGCCCACGGCCUCUCCAUUGCCCCGGCCAGGGGGUGAGCUCCGCUCAGCUCUGCUCUGCCCUGCUCUCCUCCCUGACAACAGCGGAGCGAUGCUGACGCAGUCCGGGUUCAACAGCUAGCCAACAGCCCCAUGCCUCGACCACAAACCAAGUACCCCUAAUCCACCUCCUUUGACCCCGACUGGCCCCUCAUCCAGCUGUUUGAACUCUACUCCAUCCUCCGUCAAAGACGUCUCUCCGUGCCCUUUCAACGGGGAAGCAAAGCGCAGAGCCAGAGGUGUUUGUCGACUGUACUAAAGAUAAAAGUACACUGUACAUGUAUACACAAUGCUAGCCUGCUAAUGUUUGUAAGAGGACAAUCUGUAGAAAAAAAGUCCUAAGCUGUCCCCCCCCCCCCCCCUUUUCCCUCGUCCUCCCCUACAUUGUCCAAUUUUUCUGCAUCCUCAUCCUUUGACCUCUGACCCCUGUGUCACCUGACCGACUCCCCCUCCUCCCCUCCCCCCCUUUGUUUCCUCCUGUAGUGCAUGGCCUGAGUAUGGUUAGGAUCACCCGGGGGUCACUCCCACCCCCGCCCUCUCACUUCUCACCUCCGCAGACAAGGCAUGAGGCUCACGCACGCGUAUACACACAUACACACUCAUAAACAAACACACGCACACACAAACACACACACACACAUCCUCAGACACAUGGAUGCAUGAUGAUCCUGGAUGUAUGUGCGGGGUAAUGUUUGGACGGGUUCUUUUUUUUUUUUUUUUUUUUUUUUUUUUUUUUUUGCCUGGGGUUGUUUUUAAAUGGUUAGCAAGCUGUUUUACUCGACCUUAUUUUAAAUUUUUGUUUUGUACUCCCGGGCAGAUGUUCUUGGAUUGCCAUGUGCGAUGGAUGUGACAUGUAUCUGGUCCUGUGUGCUUGUAUAAUAUAUACAUACAAUACAAAACAAACAUGCAUACAUACACAGUUUAUAUAUUACUUUUCCUUAUGUAUAAAAAGUAUAUAUAGAUAUAUGUAUAUUAACUACAAUGGUUCAGAAAUCAUUUAUGGUGAGCUCAUAUCUGGCAGAGCAGUGGCAAUAUUUGCUGCUGCCUAAAGACAAUAGAUCUAGAUAAGGUGGUGUUUUUGUUUUUUUCUGGUUUAGCUGGAGUGUGUUAAGAUUCCAGCAGUCACUUCCCUGCUCUCCUGUGUUGUCUGUAUUAAAGCUGUAGAUGGAUUUAGGGCAGUGCUCUAUUCCCCGUCUUUGUACCGACUCUGUC